UGCAUUCUUGCAUUCAUGAGAUGUAAAAUUAUCACCAUGAAUUUAGUUUAGCAAAAACCAUAUGUGUUUAUUUAGCAGACGCCUUUAUCCAAGGCGACUUACAGAGACUCGGGUGUGUGAACUAUGCAUCAGCUGCAGAGUCACUUACAACUACGUCUCACCCGAAAGACGGAACACAAGGAGGUUAAGUGACUUGCUCAGGGUCACACAAUGAGUCAGUGGCUGAGGUGGGAUUUGAACCGGGGACCUCCUGGUUACAAGCCCUUUUCUUUAACCACUGGACCACACAGCCUCCAUAUGGUGACACUACAUUAGGUUACAGUUCGAAUGUACUUAACUUUGAAAUCUGCACGAUAUAGGUCAGUACACAAUGUUAUCAGAAAAGGGUCAGGGACACACUUAUAUCAUGCAACAAAAUGCACUCAUGAAGUCCAUCGUAACUCUGCAUAAUAACAUUGUAACGACGUAUGAGCACACGUAUUUACUAAGUAAUUGCUAUGCAAACACACAGUCAUUAGAGACACUGCCUGGAAAGUGUUACCAAGCUGCUGCUUAUUAAUGUUUUAUAAAUUUAUAAUAAAUGUGUAAUAACUGUUAUAGUGUUUUAAUAAAGCAUUAUAGGUGGUUUAUAACCAUGCAACAGCCAUAGACUGAAUUACGUUUCAACAUCCCAAAGUAGAAUAGGUGGCUAUAAACUGUCCCCUUUAUAAAACUGGAAUUCCGUCUAUGGCUAUUGCGUGGCUAUAAAUCACCCAUAAUGCGUUAUUAACAAUGUAUAACAUAGUUAUUAAGCAUCUAUUAUAUAGUUAUACAAUGUUUAUAAAACAUUAAUAAGCAACACCUUAAUAUAAUUUACAGCUCUGGCCAAAAGGGUUGCAUCAGGUAGAAUGUUAGGAUAUUGAGACAUAAUUUAAAAAAACAACUAUACAAAACAUAAUUUUGAUAUUUUAUUUAACAUCAUGCAAGAAAAGAAACAACAAAAUGAUAUGGCAACAGUCGACCGGAAACUACAAGAGUGGUACAGUAUUUCGUGUUAGAUUUUGAAAUGUCACAUUUUUUCAAUUUUUGGAAAACUCCAAAGCGGUGUGUAAUUCAAUAUGUUAACAAGGGAACAUUAUUCAGCAGCUUUCAUUGGACUCUAUGAAGCUGAGGGGGUUCAUUCUAUAUAGAGGGUGUGGAAUUCAAUAUGUGAACAAGGGAACAUUAUUCAGCAGCUUUCAUUGGACUCUAUGAAGCUGAGGGAGUUCAUUCUAUAUAGAGGGUGUGUGAUUCAAUAUGUUAACAAGGGAACAUUAUUCAGCAGCUUUCAUUGGACUCUAUGAAGCUGAGGGAGUUCAUUCUAUAUAGAGGAGGUGGAAUUCAAUAUGUUAACAAGGGAACAUUAUUCAGCAGCUUUCAUUCCAUUGUAUGAUGCAAAAUUAGUUCAUUCUAACGGUUAAGGCUGAACUUUUGGUCAGAGCUGUAGAUGCUAUUCGAAGGGUUAAUGUCUCAAUAAGCUAGCUGGAAAUGAUGCUGAGAAUCAUUAAAUUCAUAAAGCAGAAGAACUCCUUCCUUAUGGGUUCCUGAGAAGAUACAUGCUUGCGAGCGUAUAAACCCAGAACCACAAACACUGCCCCCCCAUAUGCAACAGAAAACACGGACACGCACACACACACACACUGGUUCAGUCGCUAGACGUGGUUUUUGAUAUUUUAGGGGAAUUGCAUUGAAUAAACAGGAAAUGAAAUACAGCGACGCCUCUGCUGACACACCAGGCUCAUGAUAUGUGGUUAAAAUGUUCAGAAAAAAGAAGACUUUUAGCAAACUACUAUUAAACGCAUAGCCAUUUCAACAACGCUGAACCGUGAGAUGUCUGGACUUUCCCGAGCGCUUUGUUCAAAUUCCAUGCGACCGGUUUUCAUCGCGCUUUCUGGUUUGCUGGUGGCCAGUUCAAUAUCUGCUGAUCCAGUCGUGAAUGGGAUUGUUGGAGAGUCUGUUGUCUUGCCCGCUGGUUUGUCCCCACAGGAUAACCCAAGUGAACUUGAAUGGAGAUUGGGCAAAAAUACCAUUGCUGAUAAAGAUAAUAGUGAGGUAACAACUGACCAGUUCAGACAUAGGGUGCAUCUGAACAGAACAGACUGGUCUUUAACAAUCAAUCUGCUCAGAGCUGAAGACAGUGGAGAAUAUAAAUGUGUUGCCACGGCAGCUUCUGGACGUCAGCUCCCAACACACACUGUUACUCUUCGUGUUUAUGAAAAGAUCAAGUCAGAGGUGACGAGGAAACCAUCGAAUGAAACCUGCCGUGCGACGCUGCUCUGCACCACGAACCAACGAGAACACGUCUCCUACCGCUGGAAGAGAGGGGACCAGGAUUUACCUGAGCAUGCUGGGAUACUGGAGGUGUCCUUGAGCCCCGGAGAGAUUAAUGUUAUCUUCACCUGCAUCGCUUCUAAUCCAGCCAGCGAGGCAGCAGCGUCUAUCCGGGAGAGCUGUGCAGGGUCCCCGGGGGGUGUUUCGUUCUGUGUGUUGAAGACGGUCCUUCUCUCCCUGGGUCUGGUUCUGAUGAUCUCUGCUGUGAUCGGAGUCCAUGUGAGGGAUUGCACGCACACAAAAAGAAAUGUGCGGCGGCAUCGAGCAGCAUGUGAGACUUAGAGGAAGCAGAGACCGGUUUAGCCUCCUGCACUGAGAAAGGACUGCAGACCCGCAGAGCGGCUGAAUGCAAAUCUACACUGAGAAAGGACUGAUUACCGUGUCUAAUACUUCACUGUAGAUACAACAUUGUCUUAAUCAUCCUAACCUGUCGCUUCUUAUCUCGCAUUGUCCAAAACCAAAAUGUACACAUUGAGAAAUAUAUAUUUUUUUCUUAUAUUUGUAUAUAUAUAUAUAUAUAUAUAUUGUGAUCUCUACUUGCAAAGCAAUGGCUUGGUUUUUAAACACUUGGAAUCAGAAUUUACUAGUACUACUACUACUAAUAUUUUCAUACACGAGUGUGUUUCUAUAUCACAGAUUACUGAGUGGAAAUUGAAAUUCUCACACCGAUUUUGAGAACGCCCAAAGGAACCGUAGCAUGUAUUGACGAGUUAUUCUCAGAAAUAGAAUUGUGAAAAAAGGAAGCUGAAUUAAAAAAAAAAUUAAAGCAACAGAAGCCUUCACACGUCGUUUUUAUCCACCCUGAAUUAUAAAAUGUCUGCACAUCGCAGAUUGCUUUAUUUCAGUUACGAGCUGCCAGUUUUCAUCCUGCUGCUGGGUUUGCUGGUGGCCAGUUCAGUAUCUGCCGAUCCAGUCGUGAACAGGAUUGUUGGAGAGUCUGUUGUCUUGCUCGCUGGUUUGUCCCCACAGGAUAACCCAAGUGAACUUGAAUGGAGAUUGGGCAAAAAUACCAUUGCUGAUAAAGAUAAUAGUGAGGUAACAACUGACCAGUUCAGACAUAGGCUGCAUCUGAACAGAACAGACUGGUCUUUAACAAUCAAUCUGCUCAGAGCUGAAGACAGUGGAGAAUAUAAUCGUGUUGCCACAGCAGCUUCUGGUCAGCUCCCUACACACACAGUUACUCUUCAUGUUUAUGAAAAGAUCGAGUCGGAGGUGACGAGGAAACCAUCGCAUGAAACCUGCCGUGCGACGCUGCUCUGCACCACAAACCAACGAGAACACAUCUCCUACCGCUGGAAGAGAGGGGACCAGGAUUUACCUGAGCAUGCUGGGAUACUGGAGGUGUCCUUGAACCCUGGAGAGAUUAAUGUUAUCUUCACCUGCAUCGCUUCUAAUCCAGUCAGCGAGGCAGCAGCGUCUAUCUGGGAGAGCUGUGCAGAUACCGCACCCUGGUGGCUCUUUGAUUGGCGGAUCUACGCUGGAACAGCUGGGAUAUUGCUGCUGGUUCUCGUUUCUAUUGUAGUGUUGUGGCAGAAAAUGAAAAAGAAACACAAUGAAGCUGUGACAGAACCUCCCCAACAGCCGACUAUCUAUGCAGAAAUUCAGAGAAAAACUACACAGAGGAAUCACGUUAAAAAGUCAUCAAAUGCCCAGCAGAGUGACAGUCUCCCGACGACUGUUUAUGCAACUGUGAAUCUCAAACAGGUUGAAUCAUCUGCAAAUGCCCAGCAGAGUGACGGUCUCCCGAUGACUGUUUAUGAGACUGUGGAUCACAAACGGGCACCAGGAAAGUCGUGUGACACGCAAUACGACAUGGUGAACUUCAACCGCAAUAAGGAAAACACACCUUAUCAACACAUACUGUAGAUGGAAUUCAACUGGGAACCCUCAAUGGGAACGUGGAGACCUUGAAAAUAUCAGUGACCAAGAUGAAAGUGCGACUUACUGUAUCCUCAGCAUUGCUUGUGAAAUUUUUUAUUGAAGGCACUGAAAUGAAUAAAUGCAAGAUUGUUAUUACAAAUAUACACACAUAAAUCAGCCCCUAAAAUCACAUGUAAUAAUAAUAAUUAUUAGUAGUAGUAGUAUAUUGCAACUCUCUUUUUUUCUGGUAUUUCAAGUUGUGUUUUAUCUCGAUUGUAUCUUGUGCAAAAUGCUCCUGCCAGAGUUUAAACAACAGCAAAGAAGCAUGAACACAUGACCCCUGUGUUAGUACCCUUACACAGGCUGUUAUUUAAGCAGUAAUUUAAGGGGGGAGGGUGUAUUUAGUCAUCUCAUCUUUUUCUUGUUUUGUAUGUUCAUUUGUACAUGUAAAGUGCUAUUAGGUGAUCUAUCAUGAAAGGUGCUAUAUAAGCAAUAAAGGUGGUUUGGUUGA